UCUUCCCCCCAGCAAGCCUACGCUUUUACAGAGAAAAUCCCUAAGAAAUUAUUUUGAUCUUGCACGGAAAAAAAAUCUCCAUCUUCUAUCUCACGCCGCAAGCCUACCCUUUACGCCCUCUUCUUCUCUUAGAACUGUAUAACCAUGGAUUCUAUAUCCUUUUAAAAUAUAAAAAUCAAAGUACUCCCAAAAAUAUUCUACCCUAUAAAAGCCCCAAUACAAAGUUUUCCAUCCCUUUGCUGUCACUGAAAACAACCGAAACCUUUCCCCUUUUACUCUGAUUUGGCUUCCGGUUAUGGACAAGUAUUAGUAAUAGAAAAAGUAUCAGAGAGAGAGAGAGAGAGAGAGAGAGAGAGGAAUGCCGCUAGGGAAGUAUUACUGCGACUAUUGCGAUAAGCAAUUUCAAGACACACCUGCUGCUCGAAAACGCCACUUGCAGGGCCUCCAGCACCUCCGUGCCAAAGCUCAAUGGUUCCACUCCCAAAACGCCCAAGAUCUUUAUCAAACUUCGGUACCACCCUUUUCAAAAGGCGUCUGCAAUCGCUUCCUUAAUACAGGAUUUUGCCAGUACGGAGAUAACUGUAAAUACUUCCAUCCCAACAAUGAUUCUCGGACCCCAAAUCCUCCACUUUCAACUGCACCAGCAGGUCUUUUUUUUUCUCCCUCUGUUUUAUCAAUUCAUAUUUGUUUAUGCAGUGCAAUGCAAGUAAGGAUGGGUUUUAUUUAUAUUGUUAUAGGUGGUGUAGUUGGAAAUGGAAAUGGUAUGGCAAUAUCGUGGGGUAAUCUGCCUCCAUCCUUAAAGCCCCCACCUGAGGCUGGAUAUCCACCUCUUCCUUUUGUGGAUUGGGGAUAAACUCUCUCUCCCCCUUGCUCUGUUUCUAGACACCAAUUUCCUCAUUUAGUUUCUUCAUUUGUUAAAGCUGUAUCUUCUUGUUUAUAUUAUUAUUACAUGUUAGAUCACCCACUUUCAUUUCCCUGUUCUUUCUCCUUUUACAUUUCUUGUCAUCAUGAGUAUGUCAAUACCUUGAUAAUGGGAAUUCAUUAUAUUACACAACACAAUUGUCUAACAAAUCUAAAAGGUGAAGUGUUAUGGUUCAAUUGAUCCUUGGUUCAGUUUAGUUUGUGCAUUAUAGGAACAUAUGGUAAGAAUGCAAGUGAGAGUAUGAAUGUUGUAUGAUUAGGUGGCGGAAUUUGAGUAGAUUUCCAAAGUCUAUCCAUAAGCUUCAAAGCUUACUGACAUUUAGAGAUUAUUUGAUGUUUCAAAGCUUCAAGUGCCUGUCUGAUCAACCUCAUAUUCGUAGAGGAAAUUCAACCUGGUAAUUGGAAUUCGCUUCAGUUCUCGCACUUCUUUGGUUGCUAAGGCAUUGAAAUAUUUUGGUUAAAGGGAUGCAAAACCUCUCGUCUCUUAGAUUCCUGGCUGAGUUGCUGUACAAGUCUGAAAUUAGAGGAAAUUGCUAAGUGAGGGAUCUCUGUCUGGGUUGCUCUUACCCAUUUGGAAGUCAUUGAAAUCUGGGAUUGCCCCAACUUUGAGGCAUUGGUUUCGUAAGAUUUUAUUUUAUUUUAAUUAAUUUAUAAAAUGUUUAUAUAUUAAGUUUAGAAUCCAUUUUGACUAUAUAUGUAACAUACUCCAGAAUUUUCUAAUUUCUUUUAAAUGAUGUAUAUUUGAAACAAGUUGAUUUUUAGAAUAUAUAUCUAAUUCAAUUAGAAAAAUAAAAAUAAA